AUGUGCAUCCUCAUGCUGUUUAAUACUCAUGAUUCCCUCACCUACCGAGACAUAGAAGCAGCGACUGAUAUCCCAUCAGCGGAUCUGCGCCGCAACCUGCAGUCGCUGUCACUGGUGCGCGGGAAGAACGUGCUGAGGAAGGAGCCUGUGGGGAAGGAGGUGGGGGAUGACGAUACUUUCCACUUCAACCACAAGUUCACCUCCAAGUUCUUCAAGGAGGUGGGGGAUGACGACACUUUUCAUUUCAACCACAAGUUCACCUCCAAGUUCUUCAAGAACGUGCUGAGGAAGGAGCCCGUGGGGAAGGAGGUGGGGGAUGACGACACGUUUCACUUCAACCACAAGUUCACCUCCAAGUUCUUCAAGGAGGUGGGGGAUGACGACACUUUUCAUUUCAACCACAAGUUCACCUCCAAGUUCUUCAAGUCGCUGUCGCUGGUGCGAGGCAAGAACGUGCUGAGGAAGGAGCCCGUGGGGAAGGAGGUGGGGGAUGACGACACGUUUCACUUCAACCACAAGUUCACCUCCAAGUUCUUCAAGGAGGUGGGGGACGAUGAUACUUUCCACCUCAACCACAAGUUCACCUCCAAGUUCUUCAAGGGGGCAAUGGAUGAGCCGGUGGGCAAGGAGGUGGGGGAUGACGACACCUUCCACUUCAACCACAAGUUCACCUCCAAGUUCUUCAAGGAGGUGGGGGAUGACGACGCUUUCCACUUCAACCACAAGUUCACCUCCAAGUUCUUCAAGCCCGUGGGCAAGGAGGUGGGGGAUGACGACACGUUCCACUUCAACCACAAGUUCACCUCCAAGUUCUUCAAGGAGGUGGGGGAUGACGACACUUUCCACUUCAACCACAAGUUCACCUCCAAGUUCUUCAAGGUGCGAGGGGUAGGGAUGGGUGCACGGUUACAGCAGGGAGAAAUGGGUGAGCCGGUGGGGAAGGAGGUGGGGGAUGACGACACCUUCCACUUCAACCACAAGUUUACUUCCAAGUUCUUCAUGAGAGAUGGGUUGCUAGGAGGCAGCACCCUUACUAGGGUGGCAACCUCACAUGCUCGGGAUGACGACACCUUCCACUUCAACCACAAGUUUACUUCCAAGUUCUUCAAGAGAGAUGGGUUGCUAGGAGGCAGCACCCUUACUAGGGUGGCAACCUCACAUGCUCGGGAUGAUGACACCUUCCACUUCAACCACAAGUUUACUUCCAAGUUCUUCAAGGUGAAGAUUGGGACCAUCUCGGCCCAGAAGGAGACGGAGCCGGAGAAGGCAGAGACAAGGCAGAAGGUGGAGGAGGACAGGAAGCCGCAGAUAGAGGCUGCCAUCGUUCGCAUCAUGAAGUCACGGCGCAUGCUGGAUCACAACAACCUUGUCAGGUGA